ACAAAUAUGUCACUGAACUAAAAAAACAGAGCACCUUAUUUUUGUUGUGCGAUUUUUAUUUUUAUUGUUAUUAGUGAUUAUUCAUUUAGUUAUGUGCGGCGUUGUGUAAAUACUUGCAAAACUCAUACGCAACUUGUAAAUAUAUAUUAGAUUGGUUAAUAUAUCGAUGUUACUGAAUAGUGAUUGUAGAGAACCUUCAAGUGCAGAUCUAAUAUUGUUAUGGUGAUUGACCAUUGUGGAUUGUAUCAACAUCGAUAUUAACACAUCGAGACGAACGAUAAUAUCGAAGAACAUUUAGCUGUGUUAAGUAGACAUGGUAGUUUGCAGGCCAAACUACUCAUAGUACCCUGAUAAGCUUCAACUAUGGGACAGCAGACAUCACGGAAAAGUGGAGAAUGCACGUGCGGUUGCGGUGCGUGGGACAGACGACGAUAUGUUGAGUCGCCGAGCAGCGUGCACAGAUACGUUAGCGCUGUUACAGACAGAUGGGGCGGCCGGCAGUGUGUUUGCAGACGCCGGCGCUGGAGACGUGCCGCCUGUGUGUGCACGGCCUAUAGGCGCGUUAGCGACGCCUGCAACGACGACAGAUUGGCGGCGGUACUGACACUCGGCGCGCGCGACCUGCGGCGGGAAUUAGACGCUAUCGUCAUUAACACCGAGAGUGAAGCACUGAGAGACAAUGGCGAACCCACUGCUGAAGUCUACGUACUGUCCGUCGCUCACAGGAAUGAGACAGAACCAGUAGCAGAGGGCAACAGUGAGCUGGCUCAGUCCAAUGACCCAUCCAUCAGGAGGUUCCAGGUGGUGUGUGGCGGAGAGCUUCGUGCUCUGCUGCUCCGAGCGCCGUCGCUGCAGCACUCACUGCCGCUGCCCUUCCCGGCGCAGCACACCAAGGUUCACACGCAGGUGGACUACAAACAUUGUCUGGUGCCAGACCUGCAGGAGAUAACAGCCUGUUCGUUCUACUGGGGCAAGAUGGACCGCUACGAGGCAGAACGACUCCUGGAUAAUAAGCCUGAGGGCACGUUCCUGCUCCGCGACUCUGCGCAGGAGGAGCACCUGUUCUCGGUGUCGUUCCGCAAGUACGGGCGCUCGCUGCACGCGCGAAUUGAGCACUACCAGCACCGGUUCAGCUUCGACUGUCACGACCCCGCCGUGUUCGCGGCGCCCACUGUCACCGGCCUCAUCGAGCACUACAAGGACCCCGCGUGCGUGAUGUUCUUCGAGCCCAUGCUGACGGCGCCGCUGCCCCGCGCGCAGCCCUUCAGCCUGCAGCAGCUGGCGCGCGCAGUCAUCGUGUCGCACCUCAACUACGACGGUGUUGAUCAGCUCCCACUGCCGGGCCGGCUACGAGCCUACCUCAAGGAGUACCACUACAGGCAGCGCGUGCGCGUGCGCACCUUGGAGCCGCACCAUUAUCACUGACACACGCCCAUGCUGGACUAUCCGCGUACCGCGGCCGACUGGUGACCCCAGCAAUACUACCAGCACCCGUUCUAAUGUGGCAAAAACACUUAUAAAAUCAGUCAGUGACAACCCUAGUAGUGCGGAUAGGGACAACCCUAGUGCGGACAUUGACAUCCCUCGUAGUGCGGACAGUGACAAGCCUGGUGGGGACAGUGGCAACCUCAGUGCAAACAGGUGGAAACCCUUAUUGUGUAGAAGUGACAACUAUAAUUGACAGUAAUCCAAUCAUGUAGUGAUCAUGUUGUUUCCAUUUUCUUUAUAUGAAUUAUCUUUAAUAAGACACCAACAUAGUGCCAGGAUAGGUUCAAGUGAUCAGAGUUACCUUUUGGAAGAAAUUGGCAGCAUUUUUAACAUAAUAAAGAGAAUUGCGGUGCUAAUAGUUGCUUGAAGUGGUAACCGUAAAUUAUUUUAUGUCUUCAGACAGUAAUAUAUCACCUUAUAUAAUGGCAAACCGUACCAAAAUUAUUAUUAUGAUUUACAUGAUGUUAGUAUUCCAUGGUUCGCCAAGUGGGACCUUCGUCCAUCAUGUGGCCAUGAGUGCCAAAGCCCGUUAAUUCAAGUGUAAGUUUAUAGGGCUCCCUUACGAUGUAUAUCAACGCUCAUCUUUAGUUUUACUGUUGAACCAUAUUCAGUUAGAGCUUGUUUGUGCAUCUGUAUGGACGAUACAGCCUUAGUGAAUACACCGAACUAAUGCUGAGAUCUAUAGAGCUUACAUAUACUUUGCUCAGACUUUACUUACGUAAAACUUAACUGAGUUCAAGCUUAGCGCAAUCUUUGAUUUGGUAUUUGUAGUCAUUUGACAGCUGAGUUUAGCUCAGGCUUAGACAGCCCAAUAGAAAAGUAUAGCGCUUGUUUCAUUAUACACAGUACAUGAUUAUUAUUAAACAAACUUUUACAAUAUAAAAAAGUGUACAAAAUUAUACACUAGUAUAUAGUAACUUUUUUUUAAUUCAUUUAUUGGAGUAGCCUUUACAAAUUUCAUGAAUAAAGUCUGCCAAACUAUGUAAGUAGUUUGUCGGCAGCAGCUCUCGUGUAAAGAUAAUACUAACAAUAAUAAAUAUAAUACUAACUAUACUACUUACUAUAAUACUAAAUUUACACUAUUAACCUAAAACUACUAUUAAACCUAAUGUACAGCAUUAAACUUAUUUCGUAUUUGUAAAUUAACACGGCAUAGUAAAGUUAAAAUUAUAAUAAAUUCAUUUCAUGGGCACAAUCAUAAUGUUUUGUGAAAAUCUGUUUAAGGUGAUUUAUAGAGGAAACAUCUUUUAGCAAAUCCUGUGGCAGUUCAUUUAUGACAGUGACUUAUUUUGGAAAUUGAUGAAUAAUUUAUAUCAAAUGUGGUCAUGUUAUUUUGUUUGGUAUGAGAAAUGGAAAAUUGUAAAAACACAUAAAAGACAUCUAACGACUUCAAUUAAGACGCUAAUGCAUUACGGACAAGAGUUUUAGAUCUCAUUUUUGUUUGGCUUAUAGUGAGUUUUUCCUAAGUGGUCGUUAUGGUGGAUUUAAGCUUAGCUCACACUCAAAGUGAUGUUUAUAAAGUCUUAGUACACUCUAUAGAUCUCAGCCUUAGAGUUGAAAUUAAAACUUGGUAUCAUAUUAAUAAUAAUCUUAAUGCCAUAACAUGUUGACAGAUAUACAAAAGAGUAGGUUUUAUGGUUUGUCUUAUUGUGGAGUAAUUCUGGAGAAAAUUGCCAAAUAUACUAAAAAAUUAUCCUGAUACCUCAGUUCCAAAGAGUAACAAUUCAGAAAAACUUUGCAAACAAAAUUUAAUAAGGAACUUAAGUUGCUACUGUUUGAAACAAUAAUAUUGUAGACUUAUGGGUAUAUAGUGUAAGUAACAACUUAUAUGUAUUCACUUAUCAACUUAAUUCUCUGUGGUAAUGGUGGGUUAUCCUUUAUGCUACAAUUUCUGAUACUUAUUUCCCACAUAGUAAUUUUUAAACUUGUAACACUUUGUAACAGAGGUAUCAAUCUAAACUUUUCAGGAUUAUAUGAUACUAUUAUUUGCUCUUCAUGCUGAUACUUAUGGUAGUCAAUCGGGUGUGAUUCUGCAUGAGACACCUUAACUGAAAGUUACUAAUGAACUGAGUACUACUGUGAAUUUACUAAAAUAUAUUUAUAUCUACUGUAUAUACUUAUGUAGAGUAUAAUUGCUCUUGCUACUUAUCUCUUAGUGUGGUUAUGAUGUGUAAAAAUAUAAUUACAUAUUUGAGUUGGGUAUUAUCGGGUCUUUUAAUGUUGGUAUAUAUCAUAUAUUUAAUAUUUUUGGGGUUUAAGAAGCUAAUUUAUUAAUAAAGUUAAAAUGGAAAUUUUUUGAGGUUUAUUAUGGACUCAGUAUUAUCAAACAUGCAUUGAGCGAAUGGAACAAGUGGUUUUAUAAGGUUUUAAUUAAUUGAAUCGUUGUUUGUUGAAAAUUUCAUGUUAACAUUUAAUUCUAUUAUGACUUAGCGAAAGAAUGAGUUUUCAUAGGUAUAAUAUAAUUUAGCAUGCUUUUUGUAGUUGAAAAACUCUAAAUAAAAAGAUAUUUAACAGUUUGGAGGAAGAAAAUAGCAUUUUUGUAUUAUCUUUUCGGGGUUUACACUUAAUUACGUACAAUUUAUCAAGAUUCCACAUUACUGAUUUCAUUAUCUUCUCAGUUUCUUAUUUGUCCGCUGAGUGUCUAUGUGUGGAAUGAAGGUCCUAAUUAGAAAACAAUAUCAAAACCUGUUGAUGAGUUAUUACUGCUACUAUAUACAUAGAGCAUAUUGGGUUCACUUCAGUUUUUUUUUAAUGACAAUAAGGGAUGAGAUUAGCAGGACGUUCAGCUGAUGGUAAUCAAUACUAUGAUAGUGACACUACAAUUGUGCUCGUCACAUCUCAUUUGCCAAGUGAUUUCACUAGCUGCGGCACCCUUCAGACCGAAACACAGUAAUGUUUACACAUUAUUAUUGUGUUAUGGUCGUUGGGGUACCCAUAAUCUAGCCGGAAUCAUGUGCGAAGAAGUCUACCACUUGUAAAUGCCCUUAGUCACCUCUUAUGUCACCCUUGGGCCUGUGACUUCCCUAUUAUUUCUAUGCCCGGGGCAAAUGCAGAGCAACAAAUUGUGUCCUAUGGUCUGGAGCUCCUGCUCAGAUCAGGCGAUGGUUGUAUCUAAGCAAAUAUGUUCAGUCUAACAACACUGUUGAAGUUAUAAAAUUUUUAAAUCCCCAAUUGUGGUGACAAUGGAAUGUCACAAGCUGUGACUGAUGAUAUCAAGAACAUAUUGUGAAGACAGAAGUGCAUCUCUUUUUUUUUUAUUUAUAUCGUGGGAUUAAUCCUGCAGAAUAAGCAGAUUUAUAUAUAUAUAUAUAUAUAUGAUUUAUACGUCUAGAUAGACUGUGACAGCUGUGAAAACGUGAUUGAAGUUGACAGUUAACCUCCAUAUUGAGCUAUGCACGCACACUAACACAAAGUGACAUACAUAUCGCGAGUGUUGGACGUUGGUUGUCACGCACACUAAAGUAAUAAACCUAGCCUGUUUUCCUUUUAGCAGCAAGAGGCUCUCGUUUUUCUCGGCUGAAGUUUUAUAGUUACUAUAUUUAUUAUAUCUGACUAUCUUAAUCAAAUAUGUGGUCUUGCUUUUAUAGCCUGUAUUUCGGUGAUCCCUUUUUAAAUUGGAGUAAUUGAUAUGAUAAGAGUGAUGUGUUCAAAUGAUUUUUGACUGUAUGUCCAUAGCCUUAGCGAGUUUUCUGAUAUGUAACGCAUCAAGCACCAAGGUACAGCGUAUUCUAUAUUUUUCAUUGUCUACUAAAAGAAAAAACUAAUGAUUCACAGCUGAUAGUUGUGUAAAUAUAUAAAAAUAUGCUCUUAUAUUAGGUUAAAAUUUUCUAUGUACUAUAAUGAUUGAAUUCAUGUUCCAUAGAGGGUAUUACGAAAAAUAAGGUCCCGAAGGGCAGCGUACAUAUAGUGCUGUAUAAUACGAAUGCACUUGAUCGAUUUCGUCCACUUUUCAAAUCUUUUACGGGACCUAAAAUUGUCAUGUUUCUGCAUUAUGUUAUCGCACGAUGACUUUGCAAGUUGCUGUUUUAUGCAAAUAUUUAACUACCCUCAUUGUUCAUUUUAAUGAGGUUAGACCAAGAUUAAAGCUGAGAUCUAUAGAGCGUAUUUAGACUCUGCUCUGACUUUACUUAUGUAAAAGUUAAGUUAGUGUUAUAAAAUGACUUAACUUUUGCAUUGGUCUUUAGAUUAAGCUCAUCACAAUUUCAAAUGUGACUAUAAAAACGAAUACAAAGGUGAUAAGGUAAGUAAGUAAUAUGGUAAGAUUAUGAUGGCAAGUAUAAAAGUCACUCAGCUAACUUUUACGUAAGUAAAGACUGAGCAAAGUCUAAGUACGCUUUAUACAUCUCAGCCUAAGACUUAAGCCUUAUAUUAAUUCUAAACAUUGUCUAUAUUAUGUCCCUAUAAUAUGUAUAUAGUAUUAUAAUUGUUAUUUUGUAAUAUGGGCCUUGCAUUGCAUUUGAAUAUAGUACCUAAUAUUUGUCAAUAAUUAAUGAGAUGGUCGUGUUUGUAUAUAUAUUUAUGGCGGUUCUAGUUGUGAGCCUUGAAAGAUUGUUUCUUAUCGCAAUCAUGGUAUACGGGCAGCAGAAUCCCGAAAAAAAUGUAUUUGACUAUUCGCCAAAGCUCGUAGCUCGAUAGUUGUUUCUAUUAUUAUUUGUUUGUACGUUUUUCAAUUACGUGUUACCAAAAACCUAGUAUUGAUUUUUCACUAAAACAAACUAAACAAGAUUUUACAUCAACAAAUAAAUUGUAAUACUAAACAUGUUUACGAAAACGAUUUAUUCUAAGGAGGAACGCGCUAUGAGCACUAGGAGCAAUAAAAUUGAGGUUUCUUCUCAUAAGUGUCAUUACAACUAUGUUAGCUAUUGUUCUUUUAUCUUAUAUAUUUACACGGGCUUUUUAUAUGCCUUAUCUUGAUCAUCAAUUGUUUAGAAUUCUAAAUUAAUAGACGAUUUAAAUAAUGUAUAUAUACCACUAGUAUUGAUAAUAUAAAGUAGUGGAACCAGUGUUCUCCCUUGUGGUGUCACGAGGGAUUUUAUUGUAUAUUAACUUAAGUUUUAUAUGUAUUGAUUAAGUUUAAUAUUGGUUAUAAUAUUAAAACGUAGUUUAAAAUGGUCUGUUGUCCGAUGGUUGGUUAAAUAAUUCCUUGUAAGGUUAUCGGUUUUGUUUGAGUCAUGGUGUCAAAAGCUUUGGUCGAAACUGCUAUUUGGGGCGAUUCAAUUGAAAUACGAAUUGUAUGUAAUGUAUGAUAGGGUGUAAUGUAAAGAUUGUAUUUUAUUAACAUAAUGUAAUUACUAUUAUAUGUAACCCGCGCGAAGCGUACAAAAUAUAUUGAAAUAUACAAUUUAUUUUAAUGA